GGCACCAAGCUCCCAGAAAAGUAAGUAGACUUCGACGCGGCGGUGUAGGCAGCAGAAUCCUCCCUUCUCAUUGGCCAACUGAGUUCACUUUGCUAAGAUCCUCGACGCUCAUUGGUUGGACUUGCGGAAGGCUUUAUGGGAAUCUUUGGGUGUAGUUUUUUCCUGUUGUGUAAUGAUACGAAGAGGCACUUAUAAAACUACAUUUCCCAAAUAGUGAAAGCAUUUGCGACGCUCUCGGCCAUUUACAGAAGGUCACACGCGUGCUUUUGGACGCCGGAGCUCCUAUGUGACAGCUGAAGAAGAGUUGUGCAGCACUGAAUAGAGACAUAGCGACUUUAUACCGUCAGCACGUACAAUAUAAAUGAUAAUUUAUGCUAUUAUGGAAAGCAACCACUCGUAUAGUAUGCUGCAUCUAAUUAACUAAUGAACUGUGGUCAUAACUAGAUAGCUUAGCUAAAACAGGUAGCUAGCUUUUCAGCUAGCAUUUCUUCAAAACAUCAUAUCUUCAAAUAGCUGCCACUAUGUUAAGGAACCUUGUUAGACUUCAGGGUCCGUUGGGAAAUAUCCGUUCACUCAGUAAAGUGUCCCCAACAAGUCAGAACUUUCGGUCUACACUGAAAUACUCCACAGCCGCAGCAGAAAGAAAAAGGUUUUAUCAAGAUGUCAGUAUAUCCCAAGGUGAAGGUGGUGUAUAUGAGAUAAACCUAGACCGAAGGAAACUGAAAACUCCUGGAGGGAAGCUGUUCACAGUGCCAAAUGAAGCCCUGGCCAUUGCUGUGGCAACAGAGUGGGAUGCUCAAAGGGACACACUAAAGUUCUACACUAUGCACCUGACUACACUGUGCAACACAGCUCUGGACAAUCCCACCCAACGCAACAAGGACCAAAUGAUCAGUGCUGCCCUGAAGUUCCUGGAGACAGAUACUGUGUGUUACAGAGUAGAUGAGCCCUACGCUUUGGUUGAGCUACAGAAGAAUGAGUGGGACCCUGUGCUGCACUGGAUUGAGAACAGAUAUAAUGUCACUAUUGGCUCCUCAUCCAGUAUUUUGGGUCCUGAGAUCCCAGAGGCAACCAAGGACACGUUCCGGCAACACUUACAUUCUUACAACUUCUGGUCCCUAACAGGUCUUGAGUAUGUGAUCACCCAGCUGAAGUCUGUUGUGCUGUCGAUGGGGAUGAUUGACAGGCAUCUGAGUGUGGAACAGGCUGUGCUGCUGUCCAGACUGGAAGAGGAAUACCAGAUUCGGCGCUGGGGAAACGUGGAGUGGGCCCACGACUAUGACAUGUAUGAGCUGAGGGCACGGACUGCUGCUGGAACUCUUUUUGUUCACCUCUCAUCUGAGAGUUCUUCUGUCAAAAGCAAACUUAUGCAGGACUGAGAAGGAGCAGCUCAAACAUCAAACUUAGCGAGCACACAGCUAAUCUGCCCUCAGACUGAGAGACACCCCAAGCACCUCUGUUUAUCCGUGUUUCGACAUGCGUACAGACAAACACAGCACACUUGUUGUUGUCAGCGGUGACAGCUGCUGUGUCUGUGAUCUGUUAUAGAGUCAUCUCACUCCAGUAAAACAUUGGCUGUAUUUCUGCAGUGUUUAUAUGUGGCAGCUGCCAAGUGUGACACCCUUCACCAAGUUUCCAGGCAGUUCUCAGUCAUCCGUGACAUUUUGGACACUGUGUAUGGUUUAAAGAGAAUGGUGACUAAUGUUGUUGUCUGUUUGGUGGUGAAAUGUUAAUUCCAUGCCUGCUUUCUCUGUGUGCUAUGUUUGAAUACUGGAAAAGUGCAAAUGCUAUCCUAACAACACCCUAUUCAUACUAACUGUGCUGUGUGUGGUGUUUGGUAAUGAUGCACUGCAUAUACACAAUAAUCAUUUGCAGGAGCUGAAACAUAGUAAAUUCAAAUUUUCUUUGGUAAUUAGGUGUAAUAUUCAAUGCUGCACACAGAAAGCCUCUUCAGUAUCAUCUCCUCUCCACAAUUCUGUUUCCCCAAAAAAGCAGAAUUUUAACGAAAGUGGACUGCAACCUCAUCCAGUACUAAUGUUCAUGCCUAAAUCUGGAGUUUAUUUUUAAUUGAGCUUGAUCAAAGUAAUUAAAAGAACGGCAUUCAUGUCUCUUGUCCUAUCUAUUGUAAGCAAUAUAUGUAAGCAAAGUUAUUUGUGAAUUAAAACCCAAAC